AUGGGACUUAUUGAUGAUAUUAAGGACACGCUUUCUAAAGCAGUGUUCACACCAUCUGCUCUGCUGAAUGGACGAGGGGGGCUCCACAUGGCGCAGAUACUUCUGUCCGUGGUCACGUUUGUCCUGGCUUUAUUCAGAGGAGGGAGCAGCCAUACCUACUGGAUCUAUGCGAUGUUCACUUGGGCAUUCUGCCCCAUAAUGACCCUCAUCAUCACUAUAAUUGAGAUGUUUAAGCUUGACAUCGUCCUCAACUUGUUUUGCAUGGACUGGUCUGACUUCACCACAGGGAUGGCCAUGUCUUCUUCACUCAUGACCGUCUCCGUGGCUAUUACCUACGCUAACUUCUACGCCUGUCUGAAAUGCCUGUAUGGCUGGAUAGUGAGUAUAUUUGCCAUCUUGUGUGCAUUUCUCUACGUCCUCGAAGUGGUGAAAGACAAAAUCAUCGACAAGAAGAAGGGAAGCUACCUCUCUGCUCUGCCAGGAUUCUGGAAGGUUCUGGAGGCCUUUGUGAGCUGCAUGAUCUUCAUAUCCCUGACUGGUUACAGAGACAAGCCUUCUCUGAUCGUUUGUGUCAUAGCGUAUAUCAUUCCUUUUCCUAUCCUUCCUCUGAUCAUAGCCACAAACAUCCUCAAGAAACUUAAGAAUUGCCUGCCCUUCAACCUGGAUAGAUCUGGAAAUCCUGAUUUGAGCGGCAUGUUUUGCCCAUUCAAAGGGUUUCGGGGCAUUUUACGCCUCUUGGAAAUAAUCUCCUCUGCGUUGUGUCUCAUCAUCGUCAUCUUCCGGGGCAGAAUGACGAGUCCAUGGGGGGUCUGGUGUGAGUUUGUCUGGGUGUUCUGCAUCUUUGUGCCCGCGGUCCUGGCGGUGGUGGAAGACAAAAUGUGGCACAUCCUCCUGGCUGCCUUCCUCCCAGACUGGGCUGACCUGACCUGUGGCCUGACCGCGCUGUGUGCGGUGUCGGCGGUCUCCGUCACACUCAUCUUUGCCUCCGUCUUCGUCUGCCUCUCUUGCAUCGUCAGCAUCCUGUGUCUGAUCUUCUCCUCGGCCGCCGCCCUGAUCUUCCUGAUCGAUGCCGUGAUGCAGAAAAAGAUGCUCCCCACCGGAUACCUGUCCAGCCUGAGAGGAGGCCUCCGAGCGUCCCAGGCAUUCGUAGCCUGCAUCGUUCUGACUGCAGCCGCUGACCAUUUUGUGACUGGAGAGUGGUCCUUUAAACCCUUUGGCUUGAUAUGUAGUGUUGUAGUCUUUGCAGCUUGCCUUCUGCUCACCGUGGUCAUCAUGGUUCUCAAUCUGCUCAAGUUACUGCAGUGUCUGCUGGCUUUCAGGUUGAGUGUGAUGGAGUUUGUGUUUGACAUAGUGGCGGUGCUGCUGUACUUGCUUGCUGUCAUUCUUUGGCCUGUAUUUGGCUACAAGCGCUCCAACUACAACCCUUAUAUCUGUGACAAGUGCUCCUACUCAGACAUGAACACAGUUACAGUUGGAGGCAUUCUCAAUCUUAUUCUUUACAUGGUAGAUGUGGUUUUAUCCUUUAAAUCCCUCUAA